GAGUGAAUCGCGACGCUGUGUUGCGAAUGUUGACAUUUCCCGCGAAAUGUCAGCGUGAAUUCGGUUAAUAUUGGUCUCGUACCAAAAUUCUGUGAGGCCUCGAUUUGCCAGAUUCAUCGAUCUGGUAACCGAAUCAUCCUUGUAAACUGCGUUUCCCAUUGGACAUCAUGAGUUCAUCGAUGUCUAUGAGCAAUGCUGGACCGCCGGCCACUGCUACUGGGAUGGAAACGGUGGUAGCGGUCGCCCUGGGCGCGCUUGCGGCAGUCUUCCUCGGUGCCUUUGUAGUUUUGCUGGUCAUCUGCCGUAGGCAACGUUGCUACUACAAUCAAAAGGAUUCUGCAGAGCUGAGUUCCGAUCUGCUCGAAGGUGAGAACACCACUGGCUUGGGAUUGGAUGCGUGGGAGAGUGAAGAAUGGUUGGCAGGUGCUGAAAGGUGGGUGGAUGAUGCUACUGGCCUAGCUCCACCUUGCAUAGCAGUGCUCCGAUCUUGUCACACUCUUGCCGCCAGUCUCACUACUAUUGCUGGAACCGUCAAUAGCAAUACUGUCCCGCUGGAAAUCGUAGAUGUCGCCCGACGUAUACCGCCUCGCGUGGACGAUGUUGUGCGCAGUUUGUAUCCACCAUUGGACGCCAGACUGUUGGAAGCCAGAGUUGCAGCUUUGGUACUGGCCGUAACACAUUUGGCGCUGGUAACCAAGCACGGUGUACCGAAGAGCCAAGCUAGGAAGCUAGCGUUCAUCGAUCAAGCCUUGAAUGACAUGGACACGCAUCUGUUGGUGCUGAGAAACGCGGCACUAGCUCAGGAAGUGGCCUGUUCCAUCCCGGCCUCCACGCCGGUCUGAUGCAUCGACCAAUCCCACACGAUGGAGUUGAAUCUUCUUCGCACAGUAUUUGUAAUCAUCAGGUUACCUAUACCUUCUCACGAUUCUUUCGAUUCAUAUUUACGGUAUUCGAUUACGAUAACGAAACGUUGUCGCGGCAGCAACAAGAACUGUGCAUAACAGGGUUGGUACACGGUAAGGUGUAUCAUGCAGCAAAUGCGCAAAUACGGGACAUCGUUGAUCUCGAAGAAAAAAAAUCUAAAAAUGAGAGCAGCUGAGCUAAGAUUGUUUAGGAAAGAAACUCACUAGUUCUUUAUGACAAGUAUAUCGUUAUUAUAAAAAAAAAUUCGUACAUCGCAACGUCGGUGGUAUGUCCAUGAGAAAUAUAUUUUAAUAUUUUAAUAGUUGUAAAACGCGAUGAAAGUUCACCAAUAAAGGCGUUCCGCAAUAUACAGAGAUAUAUUAAAACAGCGUCUUCCUUGUUAUAUCAUAAUUAUUUAUACACGUACACAGAUAAAAAUGUAUUUUGGAACUAUAUAAUCGAUCGUACCUGCGAAUGUCUGUACACAUAUUAUAUAUUUUAUAUUCUUGAAGUGAAUCAAAUUAGUCUGUAAUUUGUAAUCCGCAGUUUAUAAUAAAGUUGACCA